AAUGGGUUUGUUCAUAUCGAAGCGACUUUUGAGGAGCACGAGAAGGGUUCCAAUAUCACAAAGUCUGUUCUUAUUCUCAUCACUUGUGGUAUUGGUCUUUUAUUUGUUCUGAUCUUCUAUUAUUACACCUACGCCAACCAAAUCAUCUAUGACGUGUGA